UCUGGGACCAGGACAGCCCGCGCUCUCUGUAGGCGCCGCACCGCCGUCGCCCGCGCCUCUAAGGUCUCACCGCUUCCUCUGCAGAGACCUGGGCUCAGCCGCCAUGUCCGCCACGGACGAGGUUGACGGACUGGGCGUGUCCCGGCCGCACUAUGGCUCCGUCCUGGACAAUGAGAGACUCACUGCAGAGGAGAUGGACGAAAGGAGACGGCAGAACGUGGCUUACGAAUACCUGUGUCAUCUGGAAGAGGCCAAGAGGUGGAUGGAAGCCUGCCUCGGAGAGGACCUGCCCCCCACCACGGAGCUGGAGGAGGGCCUGCGGAACGGGGUCUACCUGGCCAAGCUGGGGAACUUCUUCUCCCCCCGAGUGGUGUCCCUGAAGAAGAUCUACGACCGGGAGCAGACCAGAUACAAGGCGACUGGCCUCCACUUCCGGCACACGGACAACGUGAUUCAGUGGCUGAACGCCAUGGACGACAUCGGCCUGCCCAAGAUUUUCUACCCGGAAACCACAGACAUCUACGACCGAAAGAACAUGCCCAGGUGCAUCUAUUGCAUCCACGCACUCAGUUUGUACCUGUUCAAACUAGGCCUGGCUCCUCAGAUUCAAGACCUGUACGGAAAGGUUGACUUCACUGAGGAAGAGAUCAACAACAUGAAGAUCGAGCUGGAGAAGUACGGGAUCCAGAUGCCCGCCUUCAGCAAGAUCGGGGGCAUCCUGGCCAACGAGCUCUCCGUGGACGAGGCCGCCUUGCAUGCCGCCGUCAUUGCUAUUAACGAAGCCGUGGACCGUAGAAUUCCAGCGGACACAUUUGUAGCUUUGAAAAACCCCAAUGCCAUGCUCGUGAAUCUCGACGAGACCUUGGCGUCCACGUACCAGGAUGUCCUCUAUCAGGCCAAGCACGACAAGAUGACAAAUGCUAAAAACAGGACAGACAACUCGGAGAGAGAGAGGGACGUCUACGAGGAGCUGCUCACGCAGGCUGAGAUCCAGGGCAACGUAAACAAAGUGAACACGUUCUCUGCGCUGGCGAACGUGGGCCUGGCUUUGGACCGGGGGUCCGCCCCGGGCUUGCUCAGGGCCCUGCAGUCGCCCGCGCUGGGCCUGCGGGGCCUGCAGGAGAAGAACGGCGACUGGUACCUCAAGCAGCUGCUCAGUGACCGACAGCAGAAGCGACAGGGCGGCCAGGCCGAGCCUCUGCAGAAGGAGGACCUCCAGGCCGCCGUGGACGCCGCCAACAGCGCCGCCCAGCAGUAUCAGAGAAGGCUGGCAGCCGUGGCGGCCAUCAAUGCCGCCAUCCAGAAGGGCGUUGCUGAGAAGACCGUUCUGGAGCUGAUGAACCCCGAAGCGCAGCUGCCCCAGGUGUACCCCUUCGCCGCCGACCUGUACCAGAAGGAGCUGGCCACGCUGCAGCAGCAGAGCCCCGAGCAUAGCCUCACGCACCCCGAGCUCUCCGUGGCGGUGGAGAUGCUGUCGUCGGUGGCCCUCAUCAACCGGGCGCUGGAGUCGGGGGACCUGAACACGGUGUGGAGGCAGCUGAGCAGCGCGGUCACGGGCCUGACCAACAUCGAGGAGGAGAACUGCCAGCGGUACCUCGAUGAGCUGGUGAAGCUGAAAGCCCAGGCGCACGCGGAGAACAACGAGUUUGUCACGUGGAACGACAUCCAGGCCUGUGUGGACCACGUGAACCUGGUGGUGCAGGAGGAGCACGAGCGGAUUUUGGCCAUCGGGCUGAUCAACGAAGCCCUGGACGAAGGCGACGCGCAGAAGACCCUGCAGGCCCUGCAGAUCCCGGCCGCCAAGCUGGAGGGCGUCCUGGUGGAGGUGGCCCAGCACUACCAGGACACGCUGAUCCGGGCGAAGAGGGAGAAGGCCCAGGAAACCCAGGACGAGUCGGCUGUACUGUGGUUGGAUGAAAUUCAAGGCGGGAUCUGGCAGUCCAACAAAGACACCCAGGAGGCCCAGAGGUUUGCCGCAGGAAUCUUCGCCAUCAACCAGGCCGUGGAGAGCAACGACGUGGGCAGGACGCUGGGCGCCCUCCGGUCCCCGGACGUCGGCCUGUACGGCGUCAUCCCCGAGUGCGGGGAGACGUACCUGAGCGACCUGGCUGAGGCCAAGAGGAGAAAGCUGGCGGCAGGCGAUAACAACAGCAAGUGGGUGAAGCACUGGGUGAAAGGCGGAUACUACUAUUACCACAACCUGGAGACUCAGGAAGGAGGAUGGGAUGAACCCCCAGGCUUUGUGCAAAAUUCUCUGCAGCUUGCUCGGGAGGAGAUCCAGAGCUCCAUCUCCGGGGUGACAGCUGCCUAUAACCGAGAGCAGCUCUGGCUGGCCAACGAGGGCUUGAUCACCAGGCUGCAGGCCCGCUGCCGCGGUUACCUGGUCCGCCAGGAGUUCCGGUCCAGGAUGAAUUUCCUGAAGAAGCAAAUCCCUGCCAUCACCUGCAUUCAGUCGCAGUGGAGAGGAUACAAGCAGAAGAAGGCCUAUCAGGACCGCCUAGCGUACCUGCGCUCCCACAGGGACGAAGUCGUGAAGAUCCAGUCCCUGGCGAGGAUGCAUCAGGCUAGAAAGCGCUACAGAGAUCGCCUGCAGUAUUUCCGAGACCACAUAAAUGACAUUAUCAAAAUCCAGGCGUUCAUCCGGGCGAACAAAGCUCGCGACGACUACAAGACUCUCAUUAACGCCGAGGACCCUCCGAUGAUCGUGGUGCGGAAAUUUGUGCACCUGCUCGACCAAAGUGACCAGGACUUUCAGGAGGAGCUGGAUCUCAUGAAGAUGCGGGAGGAGGUCAUCACCCUCAUUCGCUCCAACCAGCAGCUGGAGAAUGACCUCAACCUCAUGGACAUCAAGAUCGGACUGCUGGUGAAAAACAAAAUUACCCUGCAGGAUGUGGUGUCCCACAGUAAGAAACUGACCAAGAAGAACAAGGAGCAGUUGUCGGAUAUGAUGAUGCUCAACAAGCAGAAGGGAGGCCUCAAGGCUCUGAGCAAGGAGAAGCGAGAGAAGCUGGAGGCUUACCAGCACCUGUUCUAUUUGCUGCAGACCAACCCCACCUAUCUGGCCAAGCUGAUUUUCCAGAUGCCCCAAAACAAGUCCACCAAGUUCAUGGACUCGGUGAUCUUCACCCUCUACAACUACGCCUCCAACCAGCGGGAGGAGUACCUGCUGCUGCGGCUCUUCAAGACGGCGCUCCAGGAGGAAAUCAAGUCGAAGGUGGACCAGAUCCAAGAGAUCGUGACGGGGAACCCCACAGUCAUUAAGAUGGUUGUGAGCUUCAACCGCGGCGCGCGGGGCCAGAACGCCCUGCGGCAGAUCCUGGCCCCGGUCGUGAAGGAGAUCAUGGACGACAAGUCUCUCAACAUCAAGACCGACCCCGUGGACAUCUACAAGUCCUGGGUCAAUCAGAUGGAGUCCCAGACGGGAGAGGCCAGCAAACUCCCCUACGACGUGACUCCCGAGCAGGCGCUGGCCCACGAGGAGGUCAAGACUCGGCUAGACAACUCCAUCCGGAACAUGCGGGCCGUGACCGACAAGUUCCUCUCGGCCAUCAUCAGCUCCGUGGACAAAAUCCCCUACGGGAUGCGCUUCAUCGCCAAAGUGCUGAAGGACUCGCUGCACGAGAAGUUCCCCGACGCCGGUGAGGACGAGCUGCUGAAGAUCAUUGGCAACUUGCUCUACUACCGCUACAUGAACCCGGCCAUCGUCGCCCCCGACGCCUUCGACAUCAUCGACCUGUCGGCAGGCGGCCAGCUCACCACGGACCAGCGCCGGAACCUGGGCUCCAUCGCCAAGAUGCUCCAGCAUGCGGCUUCCAAUAAGAUGUUUCUGGGAGAUAACGCUCACUUAAGCAUCAUUAACGAGUACCUGUCCCAGUCCUACCAGAAAUUCAGGCGGUUUUUCCAGGCUGCUUGCGACGUCCCGGAGCUGCAGGACAAGUUUAACGUGGACGAGUACUCGGACCUCGUGACCCUCACCAAGCCCGUCAUCUACAUUUCCAUCGGCGAAAUCAUCAACACCCACACGCUCCUGCUAGACCACCAGGACGCCAUCGCCCCGGAGCACAACGACCCAAUCCACGAGCUGCUGGACGACCUCGGCGAGGUGCCCACCAUCGAGUCCCUGAUAGGAGAAGGCGCUGGCAACUUAAAUGACCCAAACAAGGAGGCGCUGGCCAAGACGGAAGUGUCUCUCACGCUGACCAACAAGUUCGACGUGCCGGGGGACGAGAACGCGGAGAUGGACGCCCGGACCAUCUUACUGAACACAAAACGUUUGAUUGUGGAUGUCAUCCGGUUCCAGCCAGGAGAGACCUUGACUGAAAUCCUAGAAACACCAGCCACCAGUGAGCAGGAAACAGAGCAUCAGAGGGCCAUGCAGAGACGUGCCAUCCGUGAUGCCAAAACUCCCGACAAGAUGAAAAAGUCCAAAUCCGUGAAGGAAGACAGCAACCUCACUCUGCAGGAGAAGAAGGAGAAGAUCCAGGCGGGCUUGAAGAAGCUGACGGAGCUGGGGGCUGUGAACCCGAAGAACCGAUACCAGGAGCUGAUCAACGACAUCGCCAGGGACAUUCGGAAUCAGCGGAGGUACCGGCAGAGGCGGAAGGCCGAGCUGGUGAAGCUGCAGCAGACGUACGCCGCCCUGAACUCCAAGGCCACCUUCUACGGGGAGCAGGUGGACUACUAUAAAAGCUACAUCAAGACCUGCCUGGACAACCUGGCCAGCAAGGGCAAGGUCUCCAAGAAGCCUAGGGAAAUGAAGGGGAAGAAAAGCAAAAAGAUUUCUCUGAAAUAUACGGCAGCAAGGCUACACGAGAAAGGGGUUCUUCUGGAAAUCGAGGAACUACAAGUGAACCAGUUUAAGAACGUUAUCUUUGAAAUCAGUCCAACAGAAGAAGUUGGAGACUUUGAAGUGAAAGCCAAGUUCAUGGGCGUUCAGAUGGAGACGUUUAUGUUGCAUUAUCAGGACCUGCUGCAGCUGCAGUACGAAGGUGUCGCGGUCAUGAAACUGUUUGACAGAGCUAAAGUCAACGUCAACCUCCUGAUCUUCCUCCUCAACAAGAAGUUCUACGGGAAGUGAGGAGCCGCCGCCGCCGGCCCGACGGGAGGAGCGCCUCGCGCCUGCUCCCUGGGGCCCCUCCACCCGGUGGGCGCCAAGGCCCGCCCCCGCGCCUCACCCCGACACACUCCAGGUUCCCCUUCCUGACUCCUCCCUCUGGCUGGACAGUCAUCACCCCCCCUUUAAUAGUGAAAUUGUUUUUCAGGCUUAGUGUGACUCUCCUUGUUCCUUUGUUUUCCCCUUCCACUUAGGAAAGAGGGGGAACUUGACUCGAAUCUCUGUGUUGUUUUGAUCUUAGAGGCUGCAUUACUGUGUUGUAGGCUGUGGUGCUUGUUUCAAUCAGCAGUAGUGACGGUGGGGUUCAGUCUUGUUGAUUUGAAGGGGAAGCAACCAGCACCGACAACAUAUGUGUAUGUAUAUAUAAGACACAUGAAAAGGUCGGGUCACUUGCCCCUGUUAGGUUGUCAUUCAAAGGCGGAAUUCCUUUACGUUUUUGUCUCAGCAGCCAAAGGGAAGGGUGAGGAGUUACUGGUCCUGCCCGCUCCGUUUCCCUUGAUGGGCAGGAGCUCCUAGAAGCCACUGUUCUGGGUUUAUAGGACGCUUUCUGUGUUCCACAAAAGGGGAAUGCUGUUCUCCAGCUUCGCCAUUAGAUUUUGACAAUUCCGUGGAUGGGAGGGUCCCGUUGACAAAAUUCAGCCAUUUGGGUAAACUGAGGCCGCCCGAGGCACCUGCCUGCUGGCGCUGGUGCACGAGGCCGACCAGAUUCGGGAAGCUGCUCCCCCCCCUCCCCCCACCCCUUCCCUGUCCCUGGGGCAAAGGGCCGGGCCGGCCUGGCACAGGAUAUAAUGUUUUCAGAACUGGUGUAUCUUAUGAGUGCCUUAUUAAAGUAUAGAUGUAUUUCUUAAAGUGUGGGUGAUAGGAAUUUUAAAGAUUUAUAUAAUGCUUCAAAGUCUUUACAAUACUGUAAGAAAAGGUUUUUAAAAAUUGGCUUGUCUGUAUAUCUGAAAUCUUAAUACUUUCUUAUAGCUAAAACACUAGGAUUUAUCUGCAGGGUUGCAGAGAAAUAAUCCUGUCUUAAAUAUACUGAAAAAAAUAAAAAAAAAUACUCAGCCAACUGAUGUUACACUUGAUACGCAAAUCUAUUUUUUAUAAUUUCCUUCUCUUUUUCACUGCCCACACUCUGCUUUUUUUUUUUGUGAACCCCAGGUUUCUGAGUUUAGUAAAAAACAAUUCAAUUCUAAACAUUACAUUUUUAUUCUUAGACAAAAAGUCGUAUACUUUUUUAUUUGUUUUUCCAGGAAAAUGUAUUAAAUCAUGCCACUGAGCCUCCAUUGUCUCUGACGUUUUGGUUCAGUAUUCUCUUACCAUAAGACAUAAAACUGUGCAAAGUAAACUAACAAUUAAAAAUUUACCCAUGUAUAUUUAAAGUCAAUAAACUGUUUUGUUAAUAAUGAAUCAUGUGACGUGUCCCUCUUGCAGAUGUCAGGACUGGAGACGUGUUUUUCACAGUAGGCUGUCACCACGGACCGAGGUCGGGGCCGUGGGUGCAGAGGCCGCUGUGGGACUCUUUACACGCUCCCGGCAGCCCGCGGGCAGGCGAGGAGGUGAGGCGGUGAGCGCCGUGGAAGGCGUCUCCACUCCCUGACCUCGCCUCCUGUCGUGUUUUUCAGACAAUUUUUUUAGUAAAUAGUUUCCUCAGAUUAAAAGAAGAUGCUCUUACAGGUGGCAUCGUCUCAAAACCUGGGACCAACCAAAGUGUCGAUCCGUUUACAUUCAUAGAGGACACCCUUCCCAGGCUUGUUGGGCCCCGGAGGGCACGCCCACGACAGACACUGAGCCGGGUUUACGACGCCUUUCAUAUUACAUGUCUUCGCGAUUCUGUGUAACCUUUGCCGUUCCCUCGUCCCAACUUUUAAUGCAAAAGAGCACAAGAUGCACUUCAGGAAUUUGGAUGGUCACUAUGUAUGGGGUUCUGGUGUCAGUCCCAUUGAGAAAACCCCGAUGAACCCACGUGCAUUGCAAGCGUGUAGGCUUUAUUUUUAUUUAUUAGCUGUAGCAUUCGCUGUCUGGUCUCUCCCCUCCUUUGACCUUCUCCAACAGCCAUCAUGACAUUGACCGUGAGUUUACGCCUUCCAAGAAUUUGGACUGCCCGUCAGAUUGUGCAGCACACAAUUGCCUUUGUAUCUCUUUGUAUGAAAUAAAAAGGUCAUUUGUCCGUG